AUGUCCUGGAGUCCGCAGCCUGAGCCUCUGGGCCAGCUGGCGCAGUUCCUCAAGGAGUCGCUGAACCCUCGCGACAAGACUGCGCAAAAGAAUGCUGAGCUGGCCCUCAAAAAUGCCGGCGCCAAUCCCGACAUCAACAACUACCUCGCCUACCUGUGCAUCAGUCCCGAAGCCCCCACCGCUAUGUCCAACGAUGACUACUUUGUCGCCAGGAGUGCCGCUGCAGUCAUGCUCAAGAACAACGUAAAGACAUCCUACAAGACCAUGGCCGAGCUGAACAAGGACUAUCUUCGUUCAACCAUCCUCCAAGGCCUGCAGGAUCAGGACAAGCGCAUCAGAAGCUACGCCGGUAACGUCGUUACUGAAAUGGUACGCCAGGGCGGCAUCCUGGGAUGGCCCCAGGUCCUUUCUGAAUUGAUCUCCUUGAUCGAGAAUCGCAAUGGCGACAUCGCAUCGCACAUUCAAGACGGUGCCAUGGGCGCUCUGCUCAAAAUCUGCGAGGACCACAAGAAGGCUCUCAACCGAGUAUACGACGGACAACGCCCUCUGGAUUUCUUGAUCCCCAAGCUCAUCGAGUUCACCACCAGCCCCACAUCGCAAGUUCGCUCAAAAGCGCUGGGCACGCUGAACUUCUUCGUCGACGACCCAAUGCCUCAAGCUAUGCAGGAUAAUGUCGAAAAGUUCCUCGUCCAACUCUUCACACUGGCUCAGAAUGAUCAGGAUGAGGAAGUCCGAAGAUUCAUCUGUCGCUCCUUCACCAAACUGGCCAGCAGCACCCCCGCACUGGUUAUGCCGCAUCUCAAUGGCAUCAUCGACUACGUCCUGGUUCAGCAAAAGAGCGAUCCCGAGUCUGAUCUGGCCCUGGAUGCUGCCGAGUUCUUCUUCGAAAACUGUGAGAUUGAGGAGCUACAAGACGAAUUCAACAGACAUCUCGAGCAGAUUGUACCCGUUCUUCUGGAGAGCAUGAUCUACAGCCAAGAUGAUCAAGCAAAGCUGGAAGCAGAAGCAGAAGAAGACGCCGAAAAGGAAGACAAGGAAGAGGACAUCAAGCCCCAGUUCGCCAGCGCAAAGGAGAAGGGAAUUGCUGUGAAGCCCGAAGAUUUCGCAAACGGCAACGGUUACGCUUACGACGACGACGAACUCAGCGACGGUGAGCUGGAAGACGAGGACUACGGAGAGGAUCCAGAAGAGAUGUGGAACCUGAGAAAAUGCUCUGCUGCCGCCCUGGAUACAUUUGCCACGCGUUUCCACGAGCGCGUCUUUGAGUUCACCUUGCCAUAUCUGAAGAACAACCUCAAUCACGCAGAAUGGCCCAACAGAGAAGCUGCUGUGCUUGCCCUGGGUGCUAUCUCCGUUGGCUGCAUGGAGACCGUUCAGCCAAGUCUUCCUGACCUGGUUCCUUUCUUGAUCUCUCUUCUCACAGACUCGCAACCCGUCGUGAGACAAAUCACCUGUUGGGCACUCGGCCGUUACUCGUCCUGGGCGUCUCACCUGGACGAAGCCGGCAAGCGCCAGUUCUUCGAGCCCAUGAUGGAGGGCAUCUUGUUCCGUAUGUUGGACAACAACAAGCGGGUACAGGAAGCUGCAGCUUCUGCGUUCGCCAACCUGGAAGACCAGGCGACCACCGAGAUUACCCCCUACUGUGUUAUCAUCGCGCAGCAAUUCGUGAGGUGCUUCGGCAAGUACAAAGACAAGAACAUGUACAUUCUGUAUGACUGUGUUCAGACUCUGGCAGAGCAUGUGGGUCCUGACAUGGCUCAGCCAGCCAUUGUUGAUCUACUUAUGCCUGCACUCAUCCAACGAUGGACCGCAGUUUCUGACAAGUCACGGGAGAUGUUCCCUCUGUUAGAGUGCCUAGCAUACAUUGCCACUGCCCUCGGUGAGGCCUUCGCUCCUUACGCCAAACCCUUCUUUUCGCGUUGCAUCAAGAUCAUCCAGGACAACCUGGAGGAAGGCAACCUCGCAGCUUCUCAAGCGUACAUGGACACACCUGACAAGGAUUUCCUAGUCACCAGCUUGGAUCUUCUCAGUGCCAUCAUCCAGGCACUUGACGAGGCUAGAGCCAGUGAGCUCAUCGCAACUGCCAACCCCAACUUCUUCGAACUGCUCGCAUAUUGCAUGAGGGACAGUAACAACGAUGUCAAGCAAUCCGCAUAUGCUUUGCUCGGUGAUUGCGCCAUCUACGUCUUUGCUCAGAUGCAGCCUUACUUGGAUUCUAUCAUGCGUAUUCUUAGCAUGCAGCUCGAUCUGGCCGAGGCUAUCCGUGAUACCGACCCGAUGCUCAAGGAGACUGCAUUCAGAGUGAUCAACAACGCCUGCUGGUCUGUCGGAGAGAUCGCAAUGCGUCACCAAGCCGGCAUGGACCCCUAUGUCGAAGAUUUGUUGCAGAAACUUGGUAUGAUCCUCUUCAGCCAGCAGGUUCCUGAAUCUUUGAACCAGAACGCGGCAAUCGCACUGGGCCGCAUGGGUCUGGGUAACGACCAGAAAAUCGCGCCCCAUCUUGCCCAAUUCGCUCCUGCCUUCCUGACUGUUAUGCAAACUGUCGAUUGGACCGACGAGAAGUUGGAUGCAUUCAGAGGUUUCGUUCAGAUAGUACUGGACAACCCGCAGGCACUCGAGCAAUGUUUGCUUGCUUUCUUCGCAGCAAUCGCAAGUGUACCGGCCGACUCGCGCAAGGUGCCAGUAUCACAAAAUGAGAGACCAUUUGAAGGAUUCCACAAGGCUCUCCAGGCAUACAAGAACAUGAUUCCCGACUUUGAUGGCUUCAUCAGCCACCUGCCCCAAGACCAGCAGUACGAGCUCAGACAAAACUACAGGCUGUAA